GAGAGCAGCUUGCAUGAGCCAAAAUGGCGUACAGCGGCUCGCAGCUGCAUAUCCCCGGGGCUACACUGUGAACCCUGUCUGCUUCCUCCACUUCAUGCCCUGUGUUAGUGACGCCAAAAAAAUGUCCGCAACACGUUACCGUCGCUUCCUGCGGCUCUGUGAAGAGUGGCCGAUAGACGAGACAAAACGGGGCCGGGACCUCGCCACGUUUCUCCGGCAGAAGGUAGCCCUCGCGUUCCGCGAAGGGGAGAGUACGCAGAUCGCAGAUCCAGAGAAGUGUGAUCAGAUGUAUGAGAGUUUAGCUCGGAUCCACGCCAAUGUCUAUAAAGAGAAGUUCCCUCGUGUCCGAGACACCAGUUUUACAGGAGUGACAGUGGAGGAGUGUAGAGUUGUGUUAGCCACAGACAGCAUGCAACAAAUGGAGGACAUGAAGAAGGGGAUGUGGAAGAAGCUGAAGGACAGGUUUUCCUCGAAGGCUCCAGAAGAGGGCGCUAAGGAGUGAACCCACGCUCUCGCUCUUCCAAACUGCACAAGCCCUGUACAUGCUGUAUGCACUGCUCGCCUGUAUAUUGCCAGUUUUAAAAUACUAUUUAAUAAAAAAACAGUGUAAUAAAUCUUUUCUUUUGAUGAGA